GAUACUUCGAAAAUCGCAGAACUGGACAAAAGUGAGGAGCACGAUUCUGUGCAUGUACCGGCUUGGCGUAGUGCAAGCACAAGUCUUGCAACAUCACGUAAUGGAAGUAGUGCAGAUGUUCGCAGUACAAUCUUCUCGGCACGAGGCAGUCGUGCUACUUCUGAAAAUGGUUUCGCCCCUGCCUAA